AGGGCUUUUUACAAAAGAAAGAAGGUAUUAUUCACUGUUCGAAAUUGAAUCUCUUUCGAUCCAACACCAACAUUCACUUCGAUUCUGUUGUCCCUUUGAAGAUGAAGCUCAAGCAGCUAGAGGGUCUUCUAGGAACGCUUCAACAGUUCUCUUGUCCAAAGAUAGAGCUAGAACAGUACCCAACUGGCCCUCACAUUUCUUCUAGAAUGAUCUACAUGGCUGAGAACUCUUUUGGGGAUAUAAGUAAUAAAGUAGUGGCAGAUUUUGGUUGUGGGUGUGGUACACUUGGGCUUGCUGCUGGUCUCUUGGAUGCUGAACAUGUAAUUGGUUUUGAUGUUGAUACUGAUUCUCUUGAAAUUGCAACUGCAAAUGCUGAAGAUCUUGAGUUAGACAUGGAUUUUGUUCAAUGUGAUGUCAAGAAUUUAGUACUGCGAGGUCAAAUUAUUGAUACAGUUAUUAUGAAUCCUCCGUUUGGAACACGGAAGAAGGGGGCUGACAUGGAUUUUCUCAAGAUGGCGUUGAAAGUUGCUUCUGGUGCAGUUUAUUCAUUGCAUAAGACUACGACAAGAGAACAUAUUAAAAGGGCUGCUUUGAGUGAUUAUGCUGCUGGAAGUGCUGAAGUUAUAUGCGAGCUUAAGUUUGACGUUCCAAAACUAUACAAACAUCACAAGAAAAAAGAGGUUGAUAUUGCUGUGGAUCUCUGGCGAUUUGAACCAAGUAGAAAUUGAAAGAGGGAUUUUGGAUUUAGGUUUCAAGCCAUUGAAAAUGGAUCUAGAUCGCGUAUAUCCAUUUUGUACAUGGAUUUGCACUUUGCAGAUACUUUUUGAUUUUAUGGGUUCGCUAACAAUAUAGUCAAUAUGUUUACGCGACUUUGUCUCUCUUUUCAAUAGAAGUUGUUUACCAAAUUGUGAAUCCUAGAAAUCUCCUUUUAUGUUAUCCCCAAGAGCUUCAACUAUUUGUUUU